AUGACUUUCAGCCCCAGUAGCUACAACCUUGGUGCUACUUUGAUAUCCAUCGGACUGGCAUGGUGGCAUGGCAUGAUUGCCGCAGUCAUCGGCUCCGCCAUAUUGACUGUCUUGGUGGUGCUCAACAGUCGUGGUGCCAUCAAGUACUUCGUCGGAUUUCCCGUAUAUGUUCGCGCAGCGGCAGGCGUCCGAGGUGCCAGUCUUUACAUCCUAGUCCGCGCGAUUGUCGCUAUCAUUUACUUUGCUACACAAACCUACUACGGUGGGCGUAUCACGUCGGUGUUUAUGCGCGGAAUAUUCGGCAACGGCUACCAUAACAUUCCCAAUCAUCUUCCAGCAAGCGCUGGUAUCACUUCUCGGGAUUUGCUCAGCUUCUUUCUCUUUUGGAUGGUUCAAAUGCCUGUGAUGUUCAUCCAUCCAAAAGUGCUCCGCCAUCUUUUCGUCGUCAAAGCCGUGUACACGACGAUUGCCCUCUUCGGCGUGCUUGGAUGGGCAAUCAGCGCAAACGGAGGAACACUCGGAGAGUUCAAGUACACCACGAAACAAGCUCGUCUGUCCGGUUCCGCGCUGGUAUGGCCGAUGAUUCAAGCCAUCAACUCCGUAAUGGGAGCACUCGCGCCUGUCCUAAUCAAUCAGCCCGAUAUUGCUCGAUACGGCCGUUCUUACAAAGACGUUACCUGGAGCCAGGGCAUCGGCAUUCUGCUCAGCAAAGUCCUAGUGAUGUUCCUUGGUACCGCAACCACGUCCGCAGCUACGAACGUGCUCGGCGAAAGUUACUGGAAUGUCUGGGACCUGUACAGUGCCAUUCUCGACAAGUACUGGAAUUCCGCAGCAAGAGCUGGAAUGGUGUUUGCGUCGUUUGGCAUGAUGCUCGCUAUCCUAAUUACCAACGCUGGAAGUAACUCGCUACCAGUUGGCGCCGAUCUAACGGGUCUUUUCCCACGAUGGCUGACCAUCGUCCGGGGCCAAAUACUUUGCGCGGUUCUGGCGCCGCUGCUCGUUCCUUGGAAGAUUAUCGCGAAUGCGGCGUCUUUCCUCACAUUCUUGGGCUCGUAUACUGUCUUCCUCAUGCCAAUCUGCGCUUGCAUGAUCGUUGAUUACUGGGCUGUGAGGCGAGGAAACUUCCACGUGCCUUCACUAUAUGUCAACUCACCCAAGGCUCCAUACAGCUACUACAAAGGAUGGAACCUGCGCAUGCUCGCUGCUUGGGUGGCAGGCGUCGCCUUCGCGGUACACGGAGUUGCUGGCUCGCUGGACCCUGACUCGGUGUCGGCUGCCAGCAAGAAUAUGUACAAGCUAGGGUUUGUGCUGUCUUUUCUUAUGGGUGCGUUGGUGUAUUAUGUGCUGUGCCUAGUGUGGCCGGUACCGGUCCUGCCUGAGGGCGAAGAGAGGGAACUUCGUUUCGAGGAGAUGGCUGCUAACGAGGGCUUCUUUGCCCACGAGAGCGUGGCGACUAUUACUGGGGUCGUUGACGGAGAAGAGGUGGAUUCCGCCAGUACUCAGUAUUACUCGGCUCAAGGCAAAGAGGAUAAGGUCUGA